CGGGGGCACCAUUAGCAGGCCUCAUCGCCGCACGCGCUGAAGCAGCAAGUCCAGAACUGACCGCCGCCCGCGCCGGUGUCACCAGGUCGCUUGGUGAAGCAUUCAAAGGGGUCAGCGCAAUCAAGGCUGCCGGUGGCAAUGUCGACUCAUUGAACGCUGCUUUCGCUGAGGUAUGUGGAAAAAAGGGUCAUUCCAAUAUUGCUCGAAGGGCAGCGCACUAAAGAUCAUCCUUCCAUCCUCUCAUUCCCAGAUCGGUGCCGCGAUUCAACGGAUCGGGCAAGCGGUCCAAACCGGCGCUGCUCCGAGCGUGCAGGACCAGCUCCUGACUGCGGACGGAACCAACAAGGCCAAGGCCGCCGCCGAUGCCAUCGUCGCGUCCGCCGGCGGAAACGCGGCCCUCCUCGCGGCCGCGCAGAAGGUGCAAAGAUCGUUGACCGACGCGGUGCAGUUUGAGGCGAGCGUCGUCAGCAACUUGCCUGCCGAUGCCAAGGCGAAACUGGAGACUGCCGCUCAGGGUGCCGUCGCUGCGAGCGCAACUCAGAAGGUCGAUGUCCAGAUCGUCCAAGCCACCGUGACCGCACAAGCCGAGGGGGCCCAGAACACUGAGGCCACAAAGCAGGCAGAAGAGGCAAAGAAAGCCGAAGAAGAAAAGAAGAAGGCCGAAGAGGAGAAAAAGAAAGUGGAAGAGGAAGCGAAGAAGGUCGAAGAGGAAAAGAAAAAAGCCGAAGAAGCGAAGAAAGUCGAAGAGGAAAAGAAGAAGGCUGAAGAGGAGAAGAAGAAGGUCGAAGAGGACAAGAAGAAAGCCGAGGAGGACAAGAAGAAAGCCGAGGAGAACAAGAAGAAAGCCGAGGAGAAGAAAGCUGAACAAGAAAAGAAGAAAGCCGAAAUAAAAAAGAAGAUCGAGGAAAAGAAAGCCGAAAUCAAGAAGAAGCAAGCGGAAGCCAAAGCGGCCAAGGAAGCAAAGAGAGCAGCCAAACUCGACAAGGCGCGCGCGGGAGUCGUCAAGUCCCUCGACAACGCCGUCAAAGGCGUCGACGCAGUCACCCAAGCCGGCGGAAACACCACAACUCUGAUUUCCGACCUCAAGGAAGCGACCGACGCCAACUCCCGCAUUGGCGAACAGAUCAAGGCCAACAAGGGGAUCAACGCGCAAGACCAGCUUCAGAGCGCCGCCGGGACCCGCAAAGCAAAGUCCGAGAUUGACCGGAUUGUCAGAGGCGCACCGUCCAACUCAACCCUGAAGGCCUCUGCAAAGACCGUGCAGAAGGAGCUCAGGAACGCGUUGAAGUUCGACCUCGCGGUCGGCGAGAACUUGCCCGCUGAUGCUAAGAAGAAGCUGCAGGAGGCCGUGAAGGCCGCCGGGGGAAAGAAGAACGGUGGAAACAAGCGCAACGGCAAAGGAAAGGGUAAGGGCAAAGGCAAAGGUAGGAAGGGAAAUAAGCAGCAAAACAAGAACAACAACACCGCUGCUACCGCCACUGCCGCUUCUACCACAGCCGCCGCUGCCGAGGCAACCGUCGCCGCCGAGGCAUCCGCUACCUCCACGACCGCUUCGGUUCCAGCCGUCCAGACCGUUUAGACGCAACCCACUUCACCUGCCAAUAUAGCCCCGUCGUCGAACGCCGAAGGGGCAUGGUA